UUAACAAACAAGAUGUCAGUCUGGAUUACAAUAGCUUUUGUAGUAGCAAUUAUUUAUUUUAUUAACCAAUACUUCUUCAGUUAUUGGACUAAACAAGGAAUCCCAUUCAAAGAACCAACAUUUUUACUUGGUGAAUUUUGGGACAUUUUGACAUUAAAACGUGGAUUGGGAGAUUAUUUCGAGCAGCUUUACAAAAAGUAUAAGAACAAUAAAAUAUUUGGAUUAUAUUGCAGCUAUCGACCAACAUUGCUUGUUAAUGAUCCAGUUUUAAUCCAGGAAGUGAUGAUAAAAGAUUUUACAAGUUUUCAUGAUCGUGGAUUUCCAGUUGAUGAAGAAAAUGAUCCAUUAUCUGCCAAUUUAUUUGAGUUAUCGGGUCAGAGAUGGAGAGACUUGAGAGUCAAGCUAUCACCGACCUUUACUAGUGGAAAAUUAAAGAGCAUGUAUCCAACGAUUCGCGAUUGUGCCCAAGUUAUGGAAAACUAUCUAGAAAAAGAAGUAAAAAGUGGAAAUAAAGUUUAUGAUAUGCGUGAUUUACUAGCUCGCUUUACUACAAACGUUAUCUCAUCAGUCGCUUUUGGAAUUGAUAACGACUGUAUUAAUGAUCGUGACAACAUCUUUCGUAAGAUCGGAUUGAAAAUUUUUGAAUCAAAUUACAAAUCAAUGUUUAGGAAUAUCCUAUCAUUUUUCUUGCCAAAGCUAAUGCUUCUGUUUAAAAUUAGAAGUGUUGAUAGAGAAGUAGAAGACUUCAUCGUAUCCAUUGUAAAACAAACAAUUGAUCACAGAGAGAAUGACAAAAGCUAUGAAAGAAAAGAUUUCAUGCAACUUAUGAUUUUAUUGAAGAAUCAAGGAUAUAUUUCUGUAGAUAAAGAUGAUAAGAAGGAUGAGCUUAAUGGACAUGAUCACAAUGAUAUGAAAAAAUUAACAUUCAAUGAAAUAGCAGCUCAAGCUUUCUUAUUUUUCAUCGCAGGUUUUGAGACAUCAAGCUCAACAUCCAAUCUAUGUCUCCUCGAAUUAUGCAAAAAUCCGAAAACUCAAACAAAAGCUCAAGAAGAAAUCGAUAGAGUCAUGAAAGCGGCCAAUUCAAAAGAAGUAACUUAUGACAUGCUUGGAGAAAUGAAGUACCUUGAGUGCUGCAUUGAUGAAGCAUUAAGAAAAUACCCAAUUGUUCCUAUGCUAAACAGAGAAUGUACAAAAGAUCAUACAUUUACUGGAACUAAGCAUACUAUAGAAAAAGGAACAACUUUGUUUAUUCCCGUUCAAGGGAUUCAACGUGAUCCUGAUAUUUAUGAUAAUCCAAUGGAAUUCCGUCCUGAGAGAUUUUUGGACUCACCAACUGGAAAUGGAAACUCGAAAGGAUUAUUUUAUAUGCCCUUCGGAGAUGGACCUAGAAACUGUAUUGGAGCAAGAAUGGGAAAACUGCAAACAAAACUGGCACUUGCAGUAAUUUUAUCAAAAUUCUCUUUUGAACUUGUUGACAAGAGUUUAAUGGAUAAGGAAUUUGAAGCUGAUCCUGCACAGUUCAUUACAACUCCUAAAGAACCAAUCAUGCUGAAGGUAGAAGCAAGAGUAUAA